CAAAGCAGUCUCUCUCUCUAUCUCUACUGUAUCUUAGAGACAGCAAAGUCGCCAUAGAAAAAAGAAAGGAAAGAUUGCCAUUUGAGAAAUGAGUAAAGCAAAAACCAUCCUUGUCCUUCUUUGGUUGUUCUUCAAACUUAAAUAAAUAAUCUAGACACCCUUAAAGUUGAAUUCUUUAGCUUCCCUAAUUUAGAACUUCAACAUUAAGUAAAAAGAAAAAACUCCAAAUGCUGGUACCCAUUUGAGUCUUGAUUCUUGGGAUCCGAUUACUACUCCAAGAUCUCACCGUCUAUCUUCCUUUCUCCUUGUAAAAGAAGUAUAUUUGCCUAUAUGAAGUGUUAGACUUGGGAAUUUUGAUCGAGAAAAGAUGAAAUCUGAUAGGCUUAUUGAUUAUGCGGUAUUCCAAUUGUCACCAAAGCGUUCAAGAUGUGAAUUGUUUGUUUCAAGCAAUGGAAACACAGAAAAGCUUGCUUCUGGGUUAGUAAAGCCUUUUGUUACUCAUUUAAAGGUGGCAGAAGAACAGGUUGCACUGUCACUUCAAUCAAUUAAGCUUGAAGUUGAAAAACAUAAAAAUGCCAAGACUUGGUUCACAAAAGGAACAAUCGAGAGGUUUGUGCGGUUUGUUAGUACACCGGAGGUGUUGGAGUUGGUGAACACGUUGGAUGCAGAGAUGUCUCAGUUGGAAGCAGCUCGAAGAAUAUAUUCUCAGGGGGUGGGAGAGCAGCCUCCUGGUGCAUUAGGUGGGGACAAUGCAGGAAUGAUAGCUGCUGCUGAUGCGACAAAGAAGGAGCUUUUAAGGGCUAUUGAUGUACGCCUUAUUGCAGUUCAGCAGGAUUUGGCAACAGCUUUUGCUCAUUCAUCUGCAGCUGGUUUUAAUCCUGACACUUUAUUCGAACUCCAACAAUUUGCAGAUCAGUUUGGUGCUCAUUGCUUGAAUGAGGCUUGCACCAAUUUCAUAUCAUUGUGCCAGAGAAGACCAGAACUGAUUCAGCCAGGUGUUAAUGAUCAGGUGGUUCGAGCCUCGUGGGGAUCUGACAUGUCAAUCGAUGACCCCAAUGAAGAUCAAAAUGUGUCCCAUGUCAAUAGCAGGCUCCACCAACCUUGCCAAAAUAAGUACCAAGAACUGAUACAACCAAACACUAUGCAGACCCAACACCAUAUCGAUCAAUCAAAACUAGCCACAUCUCAACAACCAAAGCCUCCUAGUACCUCACAACAGCGUUCCCUAUUUGAAAACAAGGAAGAAGAGAAGAAAGAGGAAGGGGUGAUUGAGUCAUCACCUAGUCAAAUCAGUCAACCGUCUAGGCGGCUUAGCGUGCAGGACAGAAUCAACCUCUUUGAGAACAAACAGAAGGACACCUCAUGUUCUGGAGGCAAACCCAUCGCUGUUGGCAAAUCUGUUGAACUGAGAAGACGUUCAUCUGAUGUUUCGUCUGUGCCAGCAGUUGCUGAAAAGGCGGUGCUAAGAAGAUGGAGUGGUGCAAGUGACAUGAGCAUCGACUUGGGUAAUGAUAAGAAGGAUGGUAACACUGAUAGCCCUCUGAGCGCAUCCUCCUCAUCUUUAGUGUAUCAAGGUUUAUCCGAUGAUAAGGAACAAAAAGACAUGAAGGGUUUGACCGACAAGGCUAGUUCAAUUGAAGUUAAACCUAGGAAUGCUCCUAAUAAAGCUGAUGAUUCUGGGUUGAAAGAUCAGGGAGAAGUGCAAUCACAGGUCAGUAGCCUUUCAGAGAAAGAAGAGGGUGUGGGGUUGAAGGGGUGGAUAAGUCAGAAGGAUCAAUUGGGAUCACAGAACAUCCAAUAUCAGUCUUUUACAGGUAAGUCUGAACAGGGUGAGUUGGGUGAUCAAGUAGUUUCUCAAGAGAAGGUUAGUGGUCCCAUAACAGGUGAGAGGGGAGGUUUGGAGGUGCAGUCUGGAGUUUUUCCUAAUAAAGCUGUGAUUGAUGGGUUUAUAAACCAACCUACUAAUCAUUUGCUGGUUGGAGUGGGGGAUGCCACACCUGAGGGGUUAAAGAAUAGAAUGGAGGUUCAAGGUAAAGACGAAUCAGCAGCACAAGUGCGUCUUAGGGCUCCAGUCCACUCCCAAACAUUUUUGGGGCAGUUUGAAGGUGGUAUUGGACUAAAAAUGAAGGAGGGUCAGUAUAAAGGCAGUGAAGGUUAUCAGUUCACUCAGCCACAGUGGAAAUCUUUUAAUGGGGAAGUUGGGGAAGUUGAGGAAGUGGGAAUGGAAGACUUGGCAUCAUCUGAGAAGCAAAUGAGCAAAAUUGAGGAUUCUGGAGUACAUAAAAUUAAGUUCAAGAAACAUGCUCCAGUAGGUUCUGAACCAAGCAAGAAGUCGCAGGGUAGUGCAAAUAACAAGUCUGUUCCUGGUAGAAAGGUUCCUGAGAGUGAAGAGAGGUUAAGUGCCCCAGUGGUUUUAGUAGAUCAAACUCCGAGGUUAAGGCAGAUUAGGGUAAAUCAGGAGCUGAAUGAUGAGUUAAAAAUGAAGGCAAAUGAACUCGAAAAGCUUUUUGCAGAGCACAAACUUCGGGCUCCUGGUGAUCAAUUCAGUUCUGCAAGGAGAAGCAAGCCUUCUGACGAGCAGAUUGAACAAGGGGGAAGCUCACAGUACAAGAAGUCUGUGGCCUUAGAUUCAUCUCCUGCACAGAUGACUGACAAAAACUCGAUAUCUGAACCGAUGGAGAGUAUGGGUAAUAUUGCUAAAUUUUGUACUCCUACAAAGAUGAUCGAUAACGAGGACUACGCUGAUGGUUUGAGGCGGAAUUUCUAUAGUGUCAGCUUUUCAGUUGAUUCUAGAGGAAAAUUUUAUGAAAGGUAUAUGCAAAAGAGAGAUGCAAAGCUGAGGGAAGAAUGGAGUUCUAAAAGGGAUGAGAAGGAAGCCAAAUUGAAGGCUAUGCAGGAUAUCCUUGAGCAAAACAGAACUGAGAUGAAGGCCAAGUUUUCUGGUUCUGAUAGACAGGCUUCUAUUUCUAGUGCUCGUCGACAAGCCGAGAAAGGGAGGUCAUUCAAUCUACAAUUGCAGGUAUCUCCUGUUGCACAUCCAAUAAGUUCAAUCCAGAGCGAAGAAGAUGAAGAUCUUUCUGAGUUUCCUGAUCAUCAGUACUAUGGCCAGGAUAGAUCAUAUAAUGAGGCGUCUUUAUUCGAUGAUUCUUCUAGGAGCUCCAACUCUAAGAAGGUUUUGCCUAAUAGAAAUGUGUCUUUAUCCACUCCUCGCACCCCAGCAGUUACAGUUCCACGUUCAGCAGCCAAAGUUUCAAAUUCCUGUUCUGGAAGACAAAGAACGCAACCUGAAAAUCCUCUUGCACAAUCAGUUCCCAACUUCUCUGAUCUCAGAAAAGAAAAUACAAAGCCCACUUCUGGAGCUGGAAAGAUGAACAGCCAUAUACAAGUGAGAAAAUAUGCUCCGAGCAAGAGUAACAAUGAAGAGAUAUCACUUGGCAAGGAUGAACAGUCUCGACGGUCUCAGUCCAAUAGGAAAAGCUCUGCUGGUCAUUUGGAAUUUUCAGAUGUGCCUGACUUGAAUUCUGUUGAUGUUGCUUUGGAACCUAAGAAAUUUGAUAAAGAACAGACCUGGCAGAGCUUCAAUGAAAAAUCCUUUAAGAAUGUGGAAGCAAAGCCUUUCCUAUGGAAAGGUAAUGGUAUAGGUCCUGGUGCUGGAGUUCAUUUUGAAAACUUCAGAGCAACAGAGGCAUCUGAGAUUCCAAAUGGUGAAGAGUCUAAUGAACUAGCAUUUGAAGCGGAUGAUUCAAUGGAUAUAACCAAAGAAGAUGAGGAGGAUGAGCUUGAAACUAUGGCUGUUGAUUCUGCCAUCAUGGAAAAUGGAAGAUCAAGACUGAGCCAGGCAUCUGACAAACUGGAUAACUCUGGAUCCGAGAAUGGUGAUUCCAUCAGGUCUCUUUCUCAGGUGAACCCUAAAUCUGUUGCUGAACUGCCCGCUGCAGUGCUCACUACAUUCCAUAGUGCAGUGUUCUUGCAGAAGUCACCUGGAGAAAAUCCUGUGUCCUGGAAUUCUCGCAUGCGCCAUCUGUAUUCUUAUCCCCAUGAGACUUCAGAUAUUGAUGCCUCCAUGGAUUCCCCGAUUGGGAGCCCUGCAUCUGGGAAUUCUCACUCACUUGCUCAAACAGGAGUGGAUGCUGCUCGAAUGAGGAAGAAAUGGGGAAGUGCCCAGAAACCAUUUCUUGUUGCUAAUUCAACCAAUAAUCAGCCACGUAAGGAUGUGACAAAAGGGUUCAAAAGGUUGUUGAAAUUUGGACGAAAAAGCCGUGGGACAGACAGCUUGGUGGAUUGGAUAUCUGCUACAACUUCUGAAGGAGAUGAUGACACAGAGGAUGGCAGAGAUCUUGCCAGUCGAUCAUCUGAAGACUUGAGGAAAUCAAAAAUGGGAUUUCCUCAGGGUCACCCUUCCGAUGAUGUCUUCAAUGAAGGUGAAUUGUUCAAUGAUCAAGUUCAAUCCUUAUGUACCUCCAUUCCAGCAGCACCUGCGGACUUCAGAAUAAGAGACGAUCAUAUGUCAGGAAGCUCCAUAAAAGCACCACUUUCAUUCUUUUCACUAUCAUCAUUCCGAAGCAAGGGUAGCGAGAACAAGCCUAGAUAAAUCCCAUAUCAAGGAAAGUCCAGAACAAUUGCUUGGAAUCAUCAUAAACAGUAGGGUAUAAGGGAAUAUAUAUAUAUAUAUAUAUAUAUAUAUAUAUAUAUAAAGAUACAGAUCCUUGAGGUAUAUACACCUACAAUGGGACUUGUAAAUUUUCAUAGAGUCAUGAAGCUUUCUUCAUAAUCUAGUAUGUUUUGUAUUGUUGUGUUGAGCUAUGUUGUAUAUUGGUUUCGCCCCUCUGGCAUAGUCAUUGUGAUUUUGGUAGUCCAGAGCCAGAGGCAUUCUUUUUGUUCUUAUUAAUUUGCUAUUUCCUUGUAUAUCAAACAUUGAACUCUUUGUUAAUCAAGAGUUAAUUGACAAUGCGGAGUCAAGUAAAAUCCACCUUUUUA